UCCCGCCUUGGUUCUUUGCAUCAUCAGAUAGAUAGAUACAGAACAGUCGUUUGCUAAGCGUCUUUCAGCAGCCAAAGUUCCCAAUUUGUGAUUGAUUGAGUACCCUCCAGAGACCCAAUUAAGAUGUCGAUCAUCCCGAGCAUCUUCGGUGGCCGGCGAAGCAACAUCUUCGAUCCCUUCUCUCUGGACAUCUGGGACCCCUUCGAUGGGUUCCCGUUCAACACCACUAGUGUGGCCUCUGCGCCCGGUUCGACGCGAGACACUUCUGCUUUGGCGAACACCCGAAUUGAUUGGAAGGAAACUCCGGAAGCCCACGUCUUCAAAGCAGACCUUCCUGGGGUGAGGAAGGAGGAGUUGAAGGUGGAAGUGGAGGAGGGAAGGGUGCUACAGAUAAGUGGGGAGAGGAGCAGAGAGCAGGAAGAGAAGAACGACAAGUGGCACAGGGUGGAGAGGAGCAGCGGCAGGUUCCUGAGGAGGUUUAGACUGCCUGAGAAUGCUAAGAUGGAUCAGGUGAAGGCCUCCAUGGAGGAUGGUGUGCUUACUGUCACUAUCCCCAAGCAGGAGGAGAAGAAACCUGAGGUUAAGAGCAUCGAAAUUUCUGGGUAAAGCCAUCUAAAAGCGAAAGAUGAGAUGAAGCUAGAAUCAAAAUAAGAAUGCAUGCGUGUGAAGUGUUUGUUGUUUGCUUUGAUAAUAAUAAGAGUUUCUGUGUAACUGUGGCUGUUAAUAUCGUUACAUCAUCUCUGAUAUAUCCAAGCAAAGUGUGGUAGAUGUACAUUUGCCUUGUACUCUCAUUCUCUCUGUUUUUGGGAAUAAAGUUCAGUUAAGAUCAUUUGCUUCAAC